AGCUACCGCACAAUACGCUCAACAACUCAGGACUUGUGGGCGCCAUCAUGUCUCGCAUUGAUUACUCCAAGUGGGAUCACAUCGAGAUCUCCGAUGAUGAGGAUGACACGCAUCCCAACGUUGACACGGCCUCGCUGUUCAAGUGGCGGCACGAAGCCCGUGUCCAACGAAACGAGGAGAAGAAGAAGGAAAGGGCCAAGAAGGAGGCCGAGAAGAAAAUCCGCGCUCAACAAAUCGACAUGCUUCGUGCCCGCAAAGCCAAGCUUGAGGAGGAGGGCACGCUUGACGCCAAGGAGCAGCUUGAGAAGGUCAACGCAGAACUGGAGAAGCUGGAACAGUACCACAAGGACUAUUUGAAGAAGGAGGCCGAGCUCGAGCGGUUUGAGCGGGAGCACCCAACGUGGGACGUGGACAACAUCAGCAAAGAGAAGCACGACCGCACCAUCAUCAACCCGAGCAAGAAGGAGGCGCCAAAGAAGGAGGAGACGGAGGAGGAGAAGGUCGAGACCAUGUCCGAGUGGUUCAAGAAGAACGGCAAGAAGGCGCAGAAGUUUGCGCACAUCAGCAAGCAGGCCGAUGCCCACAAGUUCCUUGCAGAGAACCUCUCCCUCGUGUGCGAACACCUUGCCAGCUACCUCGUCAUCUACUGCGUUGAUCUCGCCGUCGACCCAGAGACGGAGGCCGAUGUGCCCGUGUGCGCCCGCCAGACCAUCAUGAUCCAGUACAUUCUCGAGCUUGCCAAGACGCUCAAGCGUGACCCGCGCGAGUGUGUGAAUGCGUUCUUUGCGCGCCUCGCCACGGCCGACCCCCAAUACAAGGCGGCGUUUGACGACGAGGUGGCCGCCCUCAUUGCGCGCGUGAAGAAGCGAGCGCAGGAGCGGGUGGCGGAGGCGCAGGAGGAGAUGAAGAAGCAGCGGCUCGGACCCGGCGGGCUCGACCCGUACGAGGUCCUCGACUCUCUCCCCGCAAAGAUCAAGGAGGCGUUUGAGACACAGAACACACCCAUGCUCAAGGAAGGCUUUGCCGAGCUCUCCCCAGAAGACGCCGCCUACCACUACAAGCGCGUCGUCGACAGCGGCCUCUGGGUCCCAGCUCCCGGCAGCGAUCUGACAGACGCCAAAGGCGACGGUGACGACGACGGCGCUGACGACGACGGCGCUGACGCCGAUGAUGAAGAGGAAGCGGAGGCGGACGAGAAGACGACCAAGGACAACUGAGACAACGCCGUCGGCCACAGCAACUGUCCACCACCCAAGACUCCACUGGCAGUGAUGGUGGCGACAGUAGCACACAAGAACAGCAGCAACACCACCAACAACAACAACAACAACAACAACAACAACAACAACAACAACAA